GUCGUCAGAGAAUCUAGAUACGUAGCUAGAGAACCUCGCUUGUUGUGGUGGCUAACGACGAGAAGCAUGCUACGGUUCUCAAUUUAGUGAUAUUCGCCCGAUAGUAGGCGAAAUCUGCAGAAAUGGGGAAAAGAGACAAUAGAGUGUCAUAUGUGAACCCCAUAGCUGCAUCACGGGCCAAGGGACCCGCACCCAACGCAGGACCAUCUAUCCAGGAUUACCUGAGCAGACCACGUCCAACAUGGGAAGAGGUGAAGGAGAUCAUAGAGAGGAAGAAGAAAGGCUCCAGAGCCCUGGCGGACUUUGAGGAUCAAAUGAACGAGAAUUGGAAGAAAGAGCUGGCGAAGAACAGAGAGAAGUUACUAGGUGGCGUUGACAAGGAGAAAGAGGAGAAGGAGAAGAAAGAGAAGGAGAAGAAAGAGAAGGAGAAGAAGGAGAAGAAGGAGAAGAAAGAGAAAAAGAAGAAGGAGAAGGAAAGGAAAGAAAGGGGAAAGAAAUCCAAUAGGCAUUCCUCUCCCUCCUCCUCCUCAUCGAGUUCUGAUUCCUCUAGCAGCUCCUCCUCAGACUCUGAAGACGAGAAUGAAAAGAAGAGUGUCAAAAAGAAACGGAAAAAGAAGCGGUCCUCCUUCAAGAAGGCAUCGGAAGACUCGACUGUAGAAUCUGAGCCCGACAGCAAGGGCUCCUUCCCUCUCAUUCUGUUUCUCUCCAAGAAGACGAAGAUGGAGAUGGAGAUGAAGAAGAAGAAAGAUGAGGAGAAAGAGAAGGAUGAAAAGAGCCGCAGGAAGAAGAGGAAAGCUGAGCGAAGUCAUAAAGACUCAUCCUCGGAGUCGUCGGCUGACUCAGAAGUGGAGGAGGGUGGUGAACCCAAGAAGAGAAAGAGAACUAAUGAGGAGAAAGACAAAAUAGCAGCAGACAAAUCAAAGAAGAAAAGGAAAAGGAAGCACAAGAAACACGGGAGGAAGAAGAAGAAGAAGAAGACCUGUUCUGACGCAGAGUUAGGUUCUCUGUCCAACUGUCCACCUGUAGAGAGCAUCUGCCUUUUGACUACCAAAAAAUCCCACCUAGGCUGCUCCCAUGACGGGGCUAGUUGAUGGACUAUGGGAACCGCUGGCUUCCUGCUCAUGAGAGUUGAGAUGGUAGGGAUAUGGCGUUUCAAAUGUUAACUAAGGACUGGUGACCUGGGAGUUACGGGUCAUCAAACCCUCUGUGACAACUUUGCAGAUUUGUUUUUCUUUUCUUUUUUGUUGAUUAGUUUUUAUUAGAUCAAAAUUAACGUCGACAAGGACACCAUAAGUCGUGUCAAGUGUGGCCCAACUGAAACAUUUGCAUAUAAAACGAAAAUGAACUUCCAUAAAUGGAUAUUGACCAGCAGUGUAAAUUUUUUACACCCUUGGUAUGCUGCCCAACUAUGUCUAUUUGACACUUCUUGGAGAUCUCGUGCGUCGCUAGCUACACAGUGAGGUCAUUUUGGGACUUUGUUAUGCUGGUGCCAGUGUCAUGAUGCAUGCAUUCUGAUAUGAUGGUCACUUCUCUUGCCAGCCUCAUAUUGAAGUUGGGAUUGUCAUAAUCACAAGAGAUAAACUGUUCAAUUCUGUUGUAAUUAAUUCUACAACUGAAUAUCUAUAACUGAAUGGGUUUUAAUUAUUAAAGUAUUCUUGUUUUA